UUUUUACACCAGAUCUUAAGUGCUCAUUUUCGUGCAUACAUACAAGCCAUGGAGAAAUUACAGCUGGAUAUAGCAACAUCAAGUGAUUUGAUUGGGGUUGAGACCAGGAGCACAGGACUUUUCUUAAGAGGGAGAGAACCUUUGAAGAAUCGUUCAGCUGUUUUUGCAUUGGGGGAUAGGAUUAACAUUUUAAAGGAAAUUGAUCAGCCGGCAUUGAUCCCACAUACAGCUGAAGUGAAUUCUCAAAGAUAUCCAUAUGAAGUUUUGUUUAGGAGCCUGCACAAACUUCUGAUAGAUACUGCUGCUUCUGAAUAUCUUUUUUGUGAUGAUUUCUUUGGAGAAGAAUCUAUAUUCUAUGAAAUCUUUGCAGGACCAUUUGCUGUUCUUGAUGAACAUUUCAAUGUGGUACUUCCAAAUUGUUAUGAUGCCCUUGGUUUGAUGCUUAUGAUACACAUCAUUCAUCAGCAGCAGAUGGUCAUGUUCAGGCGGCAAAUUCCAUGCUUGGAUUCAUACCUCGACAAGGUCAAUAUUUCUUUGUGGUCUCGUUUCAAAUUGGUAUUUGAUAUGCAUCUCAACAGUCUACGAAAUGCCAAUGUAAGUACAUUAUGGGUAGAUGAUGUCCAUCCUCACUAUGUAAUGCGGCGCUAUGCUGAAUUCAUAGCAUCCCUUGUGCACCUCAACGUUGAACAUGGAGAUGGUCAGCUUGAUCUGAACUUUGAAAGAUUAGAAAUGGCAAUUGACGACCUGCUCAUUAAGCUCGCCAAAACUUUCACAAAGCCAAAGUUGCAAACCGCAUUCCUGAUAAACAACUAUGAUCUGAUAGUUGCUGUAUUGAUGAAUGUACCUGGAGGUGGAAGAACAAUGAUAUACUUUGGGAAACUGCUAGAAAGCAACAUUUGCAUAUUUGCCGAAGAAAUGCUGCUUGAGAAUUUCAACGAUCUAAUCAAAUUUCUGAAUUCAUGUGGCGCCGGAGAAUCAAGCUCCGGUGCAGAGAAGCCUUAGGCCACUGAUCUUGAACCGCUGGUGAGGGAUUUUUUGAGCAGACGGGAAGCUGCUAUAGAGCUGAUGAACAAGGACGUCAUCACAUUUUUCAGCAACUGUUUGUGCGGCGGAAGAAAUAUUAUGGACGUGGCUACCAUAAAGCUGCACGUUUAUUAUGGAAGGCUCAGAGAGUGUGCUAGGAGAAUGGAAGGCUCCUUUGAUUGCAGGGAUCCGUUGCCAGUAUUUCGCUUAUCUUAUAAAGAUAAAUAUUUUAAGAUGGUUUAGGUAUUAUUCUUGUUUUUAAUACACUCAUUAGGAAAAAUGGCAAAUAGAUACCUUUUCUGUUUUUUUUUCCUUUUUUUGUUUUCUCCUUUAAGUGGGCAUUGGAUGUUGUUUCUCUGAUUUGAGUAUAUUGCCGAUCAAUUUAGUUGAUCUUUGUUUCUACUAAUGUUUGCUUUGGUAACAAAUGGCGAGAGAAUUAGUUGA